AUGACUACCAUUCGCCUUGCUAUAUUUGAUGACUAUGCAUGCAUCGCCAGAGAACACUUCGAAAAAGUCCCUAAUAUACACAUCGAAGACUUCCCAGACACCUUGAACCCUGCUACACAAGAUGGACUGGAAGCUCUGGCCAAACGUCUGCAGCCUUACCAGAUCGUCUCGACCAUGCGAGAGCGGACACCAUUUCCUGCCGAACUGAUGAAACGUCUGCCAAAGCUGCAAGUCAUCUUGAACGCUAGUGCGAGGAAUGCGUCAAUCGACGUGAAGCAAGCUACCGAGCAAGGUAUUGUCGUGACUGGUACCAAAGGCGAGGUUCCGACAGAUGAGAGAUUACUCAAUACCCUGCCAAAUCUACCACCUCCAAAGGGCCAUAGUUCAGUGGUGCAGCAUGGAUGGGCUAUGCUACUGGCUUUGAUGAGUCGACUACCACAGGAUGACCAUGCUCUCAAGACCGAGCCUGGCGCAUGGCAGAACGGACUCAUGAUGCCAAUAGCAGGAAAGACUCUCGGCAUCGUUGGGCUGGGCAAGCUGGGAGUUGGUAUGGCGAAGAUCGGCGUGCUGGCUUGGGGCAUGAAAGUCCUGGCUUGGAGCGAGAACUUGACGCAGGAGAAAGCGGAUGCUGCUGCUGAAAGUGCUGCACUACCAAAAGGCAGUUUCGAGUAUGUGAACAAGCAGGAAUUGUUCGAGAAGUCGGACGUGGUCAGCCUUCACCUUGUUCUUUCUGCGAGGAGCAAGAGUAUUGUAGGUAAGCAGGAGUUGGCGUCGAUGAAGAAGUCGAGUAUCAUCGUCAAUACCUCCCGAGGACCACUGAUCGACGAGGAAGCUCUGAUUGAGACGUUAAAAGCUGGUACUAUCCGAGGAGCAGCUCUCGAUGUUUACUGGGAGGAGCCACUGUCAGCACAGAGUCCCUGGCGUACGACAAGUGAGUGGGCAAAGAGUGAGAUUCUGCUCAGCCCACACAUGGGCUAUGUCAACGAAGGAACCAUGCACAGAUGGUAUCAAGAACAAGCCGAGGAUGUAGCGAGGUGGAUGAAAGGCGAAGAAGUAGCUGUCCGUAUGAAUUGA